AUGCCUCGUCCCAACUCCUUACUUUUCCUUUCGAACCAUCCUCGAUGGAAGUUGCCAAUAUCUGCAGUCUUGUUUUUCUUCAUAGUGAUUCUAUUACCAAGCGCUAUCCGGACAACCACCUUUCGAAUUGGCUUAGUAGGGCCCUGGACAUGUGACCCACUAAUAGCCAAAGCACUGCCCAAUGUGGCAGCCCGGCUAGCCAUCUCUGACCUAAACUCUGAUCACACCCUUGCCUCUGGAAUCUGGUUUGAGCAUGUGUUGUUGCCUGAAGGAUGUUCGGCACCGCGUGCAUUUGCGUCCUUUGCGCUCAUGGAGCAUUCAGUGGCUGCUUUUGUUGGACCUGCCAACCCUUCUUAUUGUUCUGCUGCAAAUCUUCUUACAAAAGGAUGGAAUAAGCCAAUGGUUUCUUGGUCCUGUAUUGGAGUUCUCAGCCCGCUUCCACAUCCAGCCCACAUUCUCUAUUCUGUACUAAGGUUUUUCCAAUGGGCCGGAGUGGCUAUAGUAAUGGGCCCACAGGAAUAUUGGGUUGGAACUGGCAGGGAUCUAGCCGACGCUCUCCGUAAUUGGGGCCUGCCUGUGGGACCAGUAGUUACCAUGGAGGAGGGUGAAAAAGGGGCAAGAGAUGCCCUCAAGAGAGUCAAAAGAAGACGAAGAGUGAGAGUGGUGGUGAUGUGCAUGCACUCUGUGUUGCUUGGUGGUGAGGACCAACGUCAGCUUCUAGAGACAGCCCAUGAACUUCGCAUGACAGAUGGUUCUGUGGUAUUCAUUCCUUAUGAUACCUUGCAGUUCAGUCUUCCUUAUGACCGCCCCUUUCCCAUCUUUACAAACAAGACCAGGCUUCGUCGGGCCUAUGAUGCUGUGCUCACCAUCACUGUCACCUCUCAGCAUGGAAACUUCUAUCAAACAUUCCAGGAUGCAAAAUCCAAUAAAGAGAUACCACGAGAUCUUGACCCAAUGGAGGUGUCUCCACUCUUUGCAACCAUUUACAACUCCAUCUACCUCAUGGCCAGAGUUAUCGAGAAGGCCUACGGAUCAGGACAGAAAGUCACCACCAGCUCUACAGAACGACUUUCUCGGAACCUACAGCUGGAGGGCUUUGGGUACCCAAUCACCUUGGAUGACGAUGGAGACUCGGAUACACCCUAUGUAAUUCUGGAUACAGAUGGAGAAAGCAGGAUACUGACACCUGUGUACACUAUUAAUUCAGCCACGAGAGACCUUCACUACCUGAGGAAAAUCCACUACCCUUUCAACUACCACCCGGGCACUGAUUCUGACUGUUGGUUUGACCGAAGCUCAAUCUGCAUCGGAGGUGUGGAUCCAGCCUUUGUGUUCCUCCUCUUUAUCCUCAUUGCGAGCUUCCUUUUCUCUGGAGGAUCACUUGCGUUCUACAUAAGGAGAAGACUUCAGCAAGCAAAACUUAUGAGAGGUCCCAAUAAAAUUAUUCUAAACAUGGGGGACUUGGUAUUUAUCUACACACAGAGCAAAAAGAAAAUAACCGAAGGCAGCAGAUCAAGCUUGUUAGGAAAAAGCGUAUGUGACAUGAGAACUCCCCGACACUCAAUUUCCGGGAAAAGCAUGGCAGCAGCUACACCCUACACUACAAGUGUGGCCAUAUAUGAGGGGGACUGGAUAUGGCUUAAAAGGUUUGCUGGUGAGAAGCACAGUGAUAUUCGGCCAACCACAAAGAAUGUGUUCUGUACGCUCCGUGAACUCCGCCACGAGAAUGUAAACCUGUACUUGGGUUUGUACCAUGACAUGGGUGUCCUUGGAGUGGUGUCAGAACAUUGCUCUCGUGGAAGUCUUGAAGAUCUCGUUCAGAAUGAAGACAUGAAGCUAGACUGGAUGUUUAAAUCCUCCCUUCUUCUCGAUCUCAUCAAGGGCUUGAAGUUCCUCCAUCACCGUGAAAUUGUACAUGGACAUCUGAAGUCUAGGAACUGUGUUGUAGAUGGAAGAUUUGUGUUGAAAUUAACAGACUAUGGAAUUAAUGAUUUGUAUGAAGCUCAAAGAAUUACGGCACCGGAUCCUCAACCUGAAGACAUGUUCUGGACAGCUCCUGAACUCCUACAUGAGUCACUGGUACAUCAUAAAGGAACCUACAGAGGGGAUAUCUACGGUUUAGCCAUUAUAAUGCAAGAGGUCAUUGUAAGAGGAGGUCCUUACUGCAUGCUGGAGCUUUCUGCAGAAGAAAUAAUCAAAAAGGUUCGCCGCCCUCCCCCACUUUGCCGCCCCUCCGUCUCCUUGGACCAGGCUCCGCCAGAGUGUAUCCAUUUAAUGAAGCAGUGUUGGAGUGAACAUCCGGACAGAAGACCCAACAUUGACCAGAUCUUUGACCAGUUUAAGACUAUAAACCGUGGACGCAAAACAAACAUCAUCGAUUCCAUGCUUCGAAUGCUAGAACAGUACUCUAGUAACUUGGAGGAUCUGAUCCGAGAGAGAACUGAAGAGUUGGAAGUGGAGAAGCAGAAGACAGACAAACUCUUGACUCAGAUGCUUCCACCGUCUGUAGCUGAAGCUCUGAAAACAGGUACUCCUGUGGAGCCAGAAUAUUUUGACCAAGUCACUAUUUACUUUAGUGACAUUGUGGGUUUCACAACCAUUUCCUCCCUCAGCGAACCUAUUGAAGUUGUAGAUCUUCUCAAUGAUCUCUACACACUUUUUGAUGCUAUUAUUGGAUCUCAUGAUGUCUAUAAGGUGGAAACCAUUGGUGAUGCCUACAUGGUCGCUUCUGGGCUGCCGAAAAAAAAUGGCACUCGUCAUGCAGCUGAAAUUGCCAACAUGUCCCUGGAUAUCCUUAGCUCCGUGGGAUCAUUUAAAAUGAGGCACAUGCCUGAUGUCCAAGUCCGAAUACGCAUCGGGCUCCACUCUGGUCCAUGUGUAGCUGGUGUGGUUGGACUCACAAUGCCGCGAUAUUGUCUCUUUGGUGACACUGUCAACACGGCCUCACGUAUGGAAUCCACAGGACUUCCGUAUCGAGUCCACAUGAAUGUCAGCACAGUGAACAUCCUUCAAUCCUUGCAAGAGGGAUACCUGUUUGAAGUGAGGGGUAAAACAGAACUGAAGGGUAAAGGUGUGGAAGACACAUUUUGGUUGGUAGGAAAAGAAGGGUUCGAUAAACCUUUACCGACGCCGCCAGAUAUUGUACCGGGGGCCAGCAACCACGGAAUCAGCCUCGACGAGAUUCCUGAAAAGAGGCGAGAGAAGCUUGAGAAGGAGAGGGACAUAGUCCAAAAGCAGAAAAUGAUUUGA